ACUUCCGGGUUUGAGAUGCACAUGGCAGGUGAUUGUUUUGAAAAACGAAAUAUAUAGAUUUAUAGAGAAGAACAUGGUUGACGUUCAAUUAAGUGAAGCAGAGAAGACUUUUAUUCUCCAUGGAAUCCAAGACAAUCUGCGUGAGGAUGGGAGAAGCUGUGAGGACUAUCGUCACAUGGAAAUUGAAACUGACGUAGUUUCAAAUACAACAGGUUCAGCCAGAGUGAGACUGGCAAACACAGAUGUCCUGGUGGGUGUGAAGGCAGAACUUAGUGCUCCCACUCCCGAGAAGACAGACAGAGGCCGACUUGAGUUCUUUGUAGACUGUUCAGCGAAUGCUACCCCUCAGUUUGAGGGUCGAGGAGGGGAAGAGUUGGCAACUGAAAUCAGUACAAUGUUGUCCCGAGCCUAUGACUGUUCCAGCUGUCUCGACCUGCAGUCUCUGUGUGUUAUCCCCAAGCAACAGUGCUGGGUCUUAUUUGUAGAUAUUCUGUUGUUGGAAUGUGGAGGCAAUCUGUUUGAUGCUGCGUCCAUAGCUGUCAAAGCUGCUUUGUUCAAUACAAGAAUUCCAAGUGUGACAGUCAGUCAGGAAGAAGGUGGUGAGAUGGAACUGGAGAUAUCAGACGAUCCGUAUGACGUGAAGCGGCUUGAUGUCGCCACAGCGCCCUGUGUAGUAACACUGAACAAGAUUGGUCACUAUCACGUGGUAGACGCCAGUCAAAAGGAAGAGGCAUGCACCCUUGCCAGACUGCUGAUGGGAGUCACAGAGAAGGGUUCAAUCACAGCACUGAAGAAAGAAGGGUGUGGCAGUCUUGACCCUGAGAGUGUGCUUGAUAUGAUGGAGACAGGGAAGAAGAUUGGUCAGGCCUUGAACAGCAGCCUAAUGAAGGUCCUUGAGGAAGAAGAGAAGCAAGGCCCCAGAAGGAAGACUGUGGGCUUCCUCCGAUAGCAGCACCACAGGACCACAGAUAUUGUGGGCAGAGAGGAGAGGACUCCCGUGGGGAUGCCGGGACAGAAUAGGUCCCCAGCACCAAGUGCUUGUCGUAAGAGGCGACUAAGUUGAAGAUCAUACCAUAUCUAAUAUCCUGGCAUAUACUGGCAUGACAGGACAGUGGUUACAGGAGUGAAUGUAGGAGCUUAGCUGUGGUGUCAGAUCAUGGACAGUAAUCAGAUGAAUCUGGGACCAGGUGGUUACAGUGUGUGGCCUGAUUUAUUGUGCUUCAUCAUCUUCUGAUGGGUGGUUCAUGCUGAUGUCAGUCUCUGGCUGUCCCACUCCCAUUACAGUCAACCUUAUACUUUCACAUCAUACAUCUCUGCAUGAAGAUCUCAUCCAUCUAGUCCUGUGGAACCAGCCAAUCAUGGCAUGGCUUCUAAGCUAAAGUCACAGUACCAGUGAGUGAAGCAUUCAAACCAGAAAAGGUUUAUAACCAUCCAGUUCCAAAUGUAAAUAAUAAAAGCUACACCAUUA